AUGGUAAGUCAUGUCAUUGGGAGUCAUCAAAUCUCUUUCCGAGAAGAAGAGUUGCCGCUCGAAGGGGUGAUGCACAAUCGUGCCUUGUAUAUCACCGUCAAAUGCAGGGAUAAGUUUGUAGCUCGAGUAUUGAUUGAUAAUGGCUCAGGGCUCAAUAUCUGCCCAUUAUCAACCCUGACUCAGCUAAAUUAUGAUGUAGGGAAAAUCCGUCAAAGUCGCAUGAAUGUAAGGGCGUUUGAUGGUUCGCAAAGAGAGACCAUGGGGGAAAUAGGCCUGUGUAUCCAAAUAGGGCCUGCAGAAUUUGUCACUGAAUUCCAGGUGAUGGGUAUAUCUACAAGUUACAACUUAUUGCUAGGAAGACCAUGGAUCCAUGUUGUUGGAGCAGUCCCAUCCACAUUGCAUCAACUUUUGAAAUUCAUUUGGGAGGAUCAUGAAAUCGUCAUCCAUGGUGAAGGGAGUAAUCGUAGUUACCCUGGUCUCUCCAUUCCAGUUAUUGAAGAGUCUUCUCAGGGUACUGACUUUCACAUGGUGGAGAUAAUGAAUGCUGCUUUUGAAGGUACGAUGCCGCAGAUGCUAAUGCCUCAAGUGUAUAAAAUGUUAGCCACAACUAUGCUGAGAAGUGGUUUUGAACCUGGGCGUGGGUUAGGCAAGAAUUUGGAUGGCAUAUCUGAACCUCUUCCUAUACCACUUCAAAAUUUCCGAUUCGGUAUCGAUUAUGCCCCAACAAAGGAAGAAUUGUUUGAAGCAGAAACAAGGAAGAAACAUGACUGUGAUAUACCGAAGCCUAUUCCAGCAUUGUACCAGUCAUUUGUUGCUAAAGCUUUAGAGCCUGAGAUUGAUGAUCUAGUGGAAGGGAUGGGAAGAUUGUUUGAUGAAGAAGAUUGUGAUGUGAUCUCGGUAGAAUGCACAACAACACCCACCAUCCGAGAUGCCGGACCUGGAGAGAUGUUGCAGAAUUGGAUGGCCACUCCACUUAUGAUCCAUCGAAUAGCUUGUAAAAAUGAAUCUAAACCUGCUAAUGUCAUGACAUGUCACGAACACGGCGAACCAAGUAAGGUCGAUGAAGAUGAAUGUGAAGAAUAUGAUGAGGAAACUAUGAUGCUUGAACACCUUACCGAGGACUUGAGGCAACUUGAAGACGAUAAAAAGCCUAACCUGGAUGAAACAGAGACAGUAAACUUGGGAGAUGACGAGUCGAUCAGAGAAACCCGAGUCAAUGUCCAUUUGGCAGCAACAGAAAGAAAAGAAUUGGUCAAGCUGCUCAGACAAUACAUCGAUGUGUUUGCCUGGUCAUAUGAUGAUAUGCCAGGGUUAAGCACUGAUAUUGUUUCCCAUAAGCUGCCUAUCAAUUCAGAGUACUGUCCAGUAAAGCAGAAAACCAGAAAGUUCAAGCCCGAUCUGAGUUUAAUGAUAAAAGAGGAGGUCAUGAAGAAGAUCGAAUCAAAAAUCGUUGAAGUGACCAAGUAUCCCACUUGGUUGGCUAACAUUGUUCCAGUGGCAAAGAAAGAUGGAAAAAUCAGGAUAUGUGUGGAUUAUCGGGAUCUCAACAAAGCAAGUCCAAAAGAUAAUUUUCCUUUGCCAAACAUCCACAUACUCAUAGAUAAUUGUGCUAAGCAUGAGUUGCAAUCUUUUGUGGAUUGCUUUGCGGGAUACCACCAGAUUCUAAUGGAUGAAGAAGAUGCAGAAAAAACAGCAUUCAUCACACCUUGGGGAGUCUACCAUUAUCGAGUGAUGUCGUUCGGCCUUAAGAAUGCUGGAGCCACUUACAUGAGAGCUAUGACCACCAUUUUCCAUGAUAUGAUCCACAAAGAAAUUGAGGUGUAUGUGGACGAUGUCAUCAUAAAAUCCCGCGAGAGUUUGAAUCACCUGACACACUUGGAAAAGUUCUUUAACAGAUUACAUAGGUAUGGUUUGAAGUUGAACCCAGCCAAAUGUGCAUUUGGAGUGCCUGCAGGGAAGUUACUCGGAUUCAUAGUUAGCAGAAGAGGUAUCGAGCUUGAUCCUUCCAAAAUCAAGGCAAUUCAAGACUUACCUCCUCCAAAGACUAAGAAGGAAGUAAUGAGUUUUCUGGGGAGACUGAAUUACAUCAGUCGAUUCAUAGCUCAAUCGACGGUGAUAUGUGAGCCCAUAUUCAAGUUACUACGAAAAGAUGCCCCAACCGAAUGGACCGAAGAAUGUCAGAAGGCUUUUGACACCAUCAAAAGUUACCUUUCGAAUCCACCAGUGUUGGUGCCACCACGUGCAGGCACUCCUUUGCUAUUGUAUUUAUCCGUCUCUGACAAUGCAUUCGGGUGUGUGUUGGGACAACAUGAUGAGACCGGAAGAAAGGAGAAAGCUAUAUACUAUUUGAGCAAGAAGUUCACGUCCUAUGAGGCCCGUUACACCCUUUUAGAGAAAACUUGUUGUGCUUUGACUUGGGUACACGGAGAUCUGAUCAAAGUACCACCCCACGAGCUCAAUGCGAUGAGUUCCCCUUGGCCAUUUGCAGCCUGGGGCAUGGAUGUUAUUGGACCUAUUGAGCCUGCCGCCUCCAAUGGUCAUAGGUUCAUUUUGGUCGCCAUUGAUUACUUCACAAAGUGGGUCGAAGCUGCUUCCUACAAAGCUGUGACAAAGAAAGUUGUGGCCGAUUUUGUUCGCAACAAUUUGAUAUGUCGUUUUGGAAUUCCAGAGUCUAUCAUCACAGACAAUGGAGCAAAUCUGAAUAGUCACUUGAUGAAAGAGACAUGUGAACAAUUCAAAAUUACCCAUCGCAAUUCAACUGCAUAUCGUCCCCAGAUGAAUGGAGCUGUAGAAGCUGCUAAUAAGAAUAUCAAGAGGAUACUGAGAAAGAUGAUUGACAACUACAAAUGUUGGCAUGAAAAUUUGCCUUAUGCUUUGCUAGGCUACCACACCACAAUCCGACCCUCAACUGGAGCAACUCCUUUACCUAUUGGUAUACGGAACAGAAGCAGUGAUACCAGCUGA